AUGGUUGUCGGCAACGAUGAGUACUCCAUCUGGCGAACGGCACCCGAUGCCAGCCGACUAUGCUAUCAGCACUUCCUGUGGCGGGAGGUUUACAAGAGCAACAUACACCCCUCCAUCGAUCUGAGUGACAGGUCGGAUCUACGUAUAGCCGAGCUUGCCGCCGGCCAUUGUCUUUGGGCCAUGCAGGUUGCCGAAGAAUAUCCUCAUGCUCAAGUCGAGGCAUCAGACAUCAGCUUGGGCUUAGCCCCUCCAAAGCCGGAUCUUCCUCCGAACCUAUCUGUGAGCAAGUUCAGCUUCUUCGACGCGGUGCCUGAGAAAUGGAAAGGAGCAUUUGAUCUCGUCCAUGUCAGACUUGUUAUUCAGCCAUUUGGAGGAUAUCAGGAUCCGAGAGCCGUCCUGCAGAAAUUUGUGUCGAUGCUGAAACCAGGAGGCUAUCUCCAAUGGGACGAGUAUGAUUACUUCGACGCAGACAAGAACAAUGUCUACUCCGCCAACGAUCCCAUUCGCAUCCCUAACCCGGAGGUUACGCACAACUCCUCGACCAAAAUCUGGAAAAUCAUGAUGGAUACUUUCCAAUGGCCGACGGAGCACUUUGAUCGCUUAUCAGAAUACUACGCCGAAGCAGGUUUGGAGAAUGUAGUGGCUCACAGGAAGCGACCACCCCCUUCUAUUUUCCGGGGAUUCUUCGAACAUUGGUAUGCGUUGGUUGCGCAGUUGCUUCCUGUGCUGGAAGCAAGGGAUAUGGAAGCAGGACAGGAGGCACGACAGCUAUUGACGCAGAUGAAGAAAGACGCGAUGAUCGAUGGCGUGUACAGCGCACAUAUCACCAAGUUCGUGGUCGGGAGGAAGCCUGUAACCAGUUGAGGAGACAAUGAAAGGAUGCUGGAGGUUUUCCGGUUUCAAUCAAUGCGAAUGAUCAAAGCCAGCGACUUCACGCGAUUGCACUCUACAUACUCGAU